AUGAUGUCAACCUUAUGUUUCUUUAUAUUAAUUUUCAGUCGAAUUCAUGGAAAAUUUUUAUCAAAUUCCGAAAGUUCAUCAUUUAUUUAUCUUAGACAUAUACGUUUAACAACAGAUGAUCAACAAUAUCGUAUUCGAUGUCCAUACAAUUUAAAUUAUUUAAAUAUUCAAUUAUUGAAUUAUUCAAAUGAAAAUUGUUUUAAUUUAUAUUUAGUAUCGAAUAAUAAUAUUUGUAUGAAUUAUCAUCCUCCAUGUCAAUUUUAUGCUAAAACUAUUCAACUUCAUUGUAAUCAUCAUUCAUAUUCUAAAUAUGUCGAUAUUACUUAUCAAUGUUCAUAUAAAGCAAUAAUUUCUUCUGAUACGCAAUAUAAUACAUUUACUUUACAUUCAUUUUCAUUUCCAACAAAUUUUUCUUUUUCUGAAGAAAGUAUUGCUUUAUUUUUAAUUGGUAUUAGUAUAAUUAUUAUAUUUUGGAUAAUAAUUUUUUGUAUUUGUUUUAUUCAUUAUCAUGAUGAUAAUGAUAAUUAUAAUGAUGAUGAUGAAUAUGAUUUACUUUCUCAACAAUCUUAUAUAAAAGAAGAUAUAAUUGAUUUUAAUUUAUUAUCCAUGAAAAAUCAUUCGAUUAUUGUUGAUAACCUUUGCCUUCAUGUCAAUCCAUUCGAAAAUAAUCAUAUCUCAUCAUUAACAACAACAUAA